AUGACUCGGACCGCAUACGUGUCCUCCGUGACUACAGAGUCAGCAAUCUUAAAUCUAUUAAACGCAUCUCUCUUAAAUGGUCUUUCAAAUUAUACCACUGCUGCGAACUCCAGCCCUGAAUAUGACUUCCCAUAUUACGUCGCACCGUCUGACUCCCAUUUCAACGUCUCGAAGACACCGACUUUCGAGUUGGCCUACCUGAUACGAAUCAUCACCCUCUCGACAAUCCUAGUUCUCUCAGUGCCUCUCAAUUUUAUAGUUCUCCUCACCGUUUGGCGCCAACGAGGCCAGAAAUCCCGCGUCAACCUCCUCGUCCUCCACCUCUCCAUCGCCGACCUCCUCAUCACCUUCAUCAACAUCUCCACCGAUGUCAUCUGGUUCUGUACGGUGGCGUGGUUGGCUGGGAAUACCAUGUGCAAGUUGAUCAUGUUCAUGGAGACCUUCGCGAUGUACGCGUCGUCGUUCGUCCUCAUCGUCAUCAGCAUCGACCGGUACGCCGCCAUCGUCCAUCCGCUUAGCGUCAGGGCCGCUGAUAGGAGGUGUAAGAUCAUGCUGAGGGUGGCCUGGGGAUCAGCUGCUGUCUGUAGCGUACCUCAGGUAAGGUACCCUUUCCGUUACUAUUUUGAUUCUCGAUUUGUCUUGACAAUACAAUCAUUGCAUCGAAAGAAGUUCGUUUAA